AUGGCUUCGAAUAGCCAUGACCGCGGCGCCAAUAACCCCGACUUCUCUACCGAUCACUCAAUCCCCUUGCAGGAUCUCUCCGCGCCGUCGGAACCGGACCAUGAACGUGGAGGCCCAGGUGGUGUUGCGAGCAGGCUGGGUCGCUCUUUGACCGGCAGGGGCCGAACAGGAAGGAAUUACGAACGUAUAGCGGAGGAUUCCCCCAUCGAUGCCGUCAAUGCCGCGCGCAAUGCGCGCCCGCAUCCUCAUGUCGCCGAUGAAGAAGAUGACGACGUCCCGAUCGAGGACCCCGGGGCGUUUGCUCAAGCAAUGUCGUCGGUCGGACUCAGUUUUCACCCCUCGUCCAGUACCUCACUCGCACCAUCACAUAGCCGGGCAGGCUCCAGCAUUGACCUAGACACUGUGCCGCUGGAUGGAACCGACCCGUACCUCUCCCGCGUUAAUACCUACAAUGACACUGCACCGUUGACGGACACUCAUAACGUCCAGCCGAUAAGUGGAGCUUCCGGCUCGGAGAAUGUUCAUCAGGAUGAUCAGAGCGGUGCACGUACACUUCAGCUCCCCGCCGCCAGCCAUCCGGGGUCACGAUUAGGCGAUGAUCUACACAAUCUGGAGGGGGGUUUCAUUGGUAGACCCCGCACAGGAAGCAGUGGGAUGGAAAGAUCUCGAUCGCUGUCCCCUUCGGGUUCUGGGUCAGCCUUGCAGCGGGCCAGCUCGAUGAUGAAGUCUAUGUCCCAGCGUAUCGUCAACCUCAGUAAUGAACCUGAAGUUGUGGAGCAAUCGAUCCUCAGGGAGGAAUCGCAUAGGAAUGCGCGGAUGGAAGAGCCACCGAUACUCCCAUCUUUACCGGAUUAUGCACACGAUGCGCCGUCUACCAGUUCGUUGCACAGUUCAGCUCCCGGAGAGAAACUGCCAUCGGACAAUAAAGCCUGGCGCGGCAUUAGCAACCCUUUGAAAGGGAAAUCCCUGGGCAUCCUCGGCCCAGAUAAUGCUUUUCGGAUGUGGUUAUGUGAUAUACUGGUUCAUCCAUUUACGGAGCCCUUUAUAUUGGUUGUGAUUAUGGUCCAGACGAUUCUGUUGACUAUUGAGUCCUCACGCUCGGUCUGGAAAUACCCCCGAGCUGUCAAAUGGGGGGCAAAUGCCAUGGACUAUCCGUACUUUGCUAUCUUCAUCAUCUAUACGCUCGAAAUUAUCGCCAAGAUCCUCGUGUCAGGGCUGAUCAUCAACCCUGCCGAAUACAGCACCAUAGACCGGUCGAUGGGGUUCCGGAAAGCGGUAGUGGAGAAGGGAAAGAAUCUCAUCAUACCGCAGCGACAAUUCUCGGUGCGAAAGUCAUCAGUCAUGUCAGAGCAACCGCAAGCCUCUAUCAUACGCACUUUUACGGGCGGCUUGAAUCAGUUGGAACGUCAACUCGCCGAUGAUCCGCUUCAGAAAAGCCGCGUGAGACUUGCUCACCGUGCGUUUCUCCGCCACUCAUUCAACCGUCUCGACUUUGUCGCCUUAGUGUCGUACUGGGUUUCCUUCUUUCUCUCUAUAUAUGGAGUGGAGACUCGCCAGCAGCUCUAUGUGUUCAGCAUGCUCAGCUGUCUUCGGAUCCUUCGUCUCCUUAAUUUGACUAAUGGUACUUCUGUUAUCAUCCGGAGUUUAAAGAAGGCUGCGCCUUUGCUUGCGCAUGUAGCGUUCCUCGUCGGCUUUUUCUGGCUCCUCUUUGCCAUUGUUGGCAUCCAAAGCUUCAAGUCCAGUCUUCGAAGGACCUGUGUUUGGCGUGGUGUAGACGGUCAAAGCGAUUAUGACCAAAACGAUCCAAACGGCAAUAUACAAUUUUGCGGAGGUUAUAUCAAUGCGACCACUGGGCAAGAAAUGUCUUGGAUCCAGUCAAACAACAUCUCGAGUACGUCUAGUCCGAAGGGCUAUCUCUGCCCAGCAGGAUCGGUUUGUCUUGAAGGUGGCAAUCCCUUUAACGGGACGAUGAGUUUUGACAACAUCCUGAACUCGCUGGAGCUCGUGUUCGUUAUCAUGACCUCCAACACCUUCACUGACAUCCUCUACUAUACUGCUGACAGUGAUUACCUCGCGUCCUCUAUCUUCUUCGUAUGUGGGCUUGUCAUUCUGAGUUUGUGGAUGGUCAACCUGCUAGUUGCGGUGAUCACUCACUCUUUUCAAGUCAUCCGAGAGGAAAGCAAGCGCAGUGCCUUUGCCGUUCAGAAAAUCGACACAACUGAGAGGGAGGACAUGUCCUCCCGAAAGGCUAGUACAAUCAAACGUCUCUAUGACAAGACUGAAUGGCUUUGGGUCUGCAUUAUCAUUUUCGAUCUUACUAUUCAAGCCCUGAGGAGCGCUUCUAUGGGUGACAGCCGGGAGCGGUUGAUUAGCACCACGGAAUUCAUCGUCACAUUCAUCUUCCUUUUUGAAAUUAUUCUACGGUUUGCCUCUGAUUGGCGCACGUUUCACAAAAAGGCUCGAAACUGGGUUGAUCUAGGACUCGUUGUGAUAACCUGCAUCAUCCAGGCUCCAGCGAUCAAGCGGGAACGGGCAUAUGAUGUCCUCACACUCUUUCAGAUUCUUCGAGUAUAUCGAGUUGUGCUCGCAUUUAAGGUGACCAGGGACCUCAUCAUGGUUGUCUUCCGUAAUUCAGUCGGUCUACUGAAUCUUAUUUUCUUCGUCUUCCUGAUUACAUUCCUGGCUUCCAUCUUCGCAACACAGCUCUUCCGCGGUCAGAUUCCGGAAGAAGAUGACGACGGCGAUCUCAUUUAUAUCACCUUCUCGGACAUAUACAAUUCUUUCCUCGGAAUGUAUCAACUCCUAUCCAGUGAGAACUGGACAGACAUUCUGUACGACGCCACGACAUAUACUUAUGGAUACAACACAGCUUGGAUCUCAGCGACCUUUUUGAUACUAUGGUUUAUCGUGGCAAAUUUUAUUGUCCUGAACAUGUUCAUUGCUGUCAUUCAGGAGAGCUUUGAUGUCUCAGAGGACGAGAAACGGCUUCAGCAGGUCAAGGCAUUCUUACAGCAGAAGCAGGUCAACAUGUCCUCUCAGGGAAAUUUGUCUCUUUCCAAGAUCUUCAAGCUAGGCAAAGAUUCCAGCCGCUACAAAGAUCCUCUUGAUCAUGGCCCAGCGGCGUUGGAAAUGUUGCUCAAGGAUGCUGUUGUCCAGGAGUUCCUUGAUGAUAAUGAAUCGCCAGAGAACCGGCAAGGAGAUAGCGUGCCACUGGAGACAUCGGCCACCGCGGAGACAGCCCAGCCAGGCUUUUUCUCGCGCUUCGGGUCGAAAUUUACCACGUCAAUCAUGCGUCGAGAACCGAAUCCCUUCUAUUCCAAGCUAGAGAUCCCGCGGGCGUUCGAUGAGCUAGACCCAAGAACUAUGGCCAAGGAGUUUGUCUCGGCCGCUGAGCAAAGGAAAAGAGCUCAGCGAGAGUACCUCAUGCGCCACCCCAAUUACAAUAAGUCCCUCUUCAUGUUCGCGCCCAGUCAUCCUGUUCGAAAGCUAUGCCAACGCAUCGUGGGACCGGGACGUGGAGUCCAGCGAGUGGAAGGUGUAGAUCCCUAUAAGCCGGUCUGGUAUACGUUUUCCGCCUUUAUCUAUGCGGCCAUUGUCGCCAUGGUUCUGCUGGCUUGCAUAACCACGCCAAUUUACCAGAAAACCCACUUCACGUCUAACCGGGACUGGUUUACGUAUACUGAUAUGGGUUUCGCGGUCUUGUUCUCCAUCGAAGCUAUAAUCAAAGUCAUUGCAGAUGGAUUUUUCUGGACCCCGAAUGCGUACUUUCGUGGCUCCUGGGGAUUUCUCGACGGAGUUGUUUUGAUAACGCUUUGGAUCAGUGUCGGUGGUUCCUUGUACCAGGAUUGGGGCGUCACUCGGGCCAUUGGAGCCUUCAAGGCUCUUAGGGCCCUCAGACUCUUGAAUGUCAGCGACAGUGCCAAGAAUACUUUCCAUUCAGUCAUCAUUGUUGGUGGAUGGAAGGUCAUCGCUGCUGCGGCCGUUUCGAUGAGCUUUUUGAUCCCUUUCGCUAUCUACGGAGUCAACCUUUUCGCUGGACGGAUGGUGCUUUGUAAUGAUGGCGACAUUUCAGGAAGCUUGGACCAAUGCAUCGAUGAGUACCAGAGCUCGCCUUACAAUUGGGACGUCCUCGCCCCGCGAGCAGCAGCCAAUCCGUACUAUGACUUUGACAACUUCGGCGAUUCCCUCUUCAUACUGUUCCAAAUUGUCUCCCAAGAAGGGUGGAUCGACGUACAGGACAGUGCAAUGAGCAUUACUGGAGUUGGUAUGCAGCCACAGGACUACGUCGCGCCGGAGAAUGGACUUUUCUUCAUUGUUUUCAACUUGCUCGGUGCCGUCUUUGUCCUGACGCUCUUCGUGUCUGUGUUCAUGCGAAACUAUACCGAAGAGACCGGGGUUGCCUACCUCACUGCUGAGCAGCGAUCGUGGCUAGAAUUGAGGAAACUUCUCCGGCAGAUAUCCCCUUCCAAGCGCUCGUUGGACAAGAAGAGCCGACAGUGGAAGAUGUGGUGCUAUCGGGUGGCCGUCAAAAAGCACGGCCCUUGGUCAAGAUGCGUGACUCUCGUUCUUACACUCCACCUUUUGUUGCUGGUCUUGGAAUACUAUCCCGAGCCGGCUCUCUGGGAUCAGAUCAGAGAGAUAAUCUUCUUCGCGUUUAACUUCAUCUACAUUGUGAAUGUUGCAAUCCGGAUGAUUGGGUUAGGCUGGCAUCGCUUUAGUCGUAGUUCAUGGGACAUUUAUUCAUUACUCUCUGUCUCCGGGACGUUUAUCACGACAAUUCUGAGGUUCUUGUCAUCGAGCCAGGUCAUCAAUGAGCUGAACAAGCUCUUUCUUGUCUCGAUCACUCUUCUCAUUAUUCCCCGGAACAAUCAGCUUGACCAGCUUUUCAAAACCGCUGCGGCUAGUCUGACAUCUAUCGGCAAUCUCCUCGCCACGUGGUUCGUCCUCUUCCUUGUGUUCGCGAUCGCCAUGAACCAAGCAUUUGGUCUUACGAAGUUCGGGUCGCAAGAGACCAACAACCUCAAUUUCCGGGACGUUCCGAAGGCCCUCAUUCUACUGUUCCGGAUGAGUGCCGGAGAAGGAUGGAACCAAAUCAUGGAGGACUAUGCCACGAUGGAUCCGCCGUACUGCACGUAUAGAGGCCAAUUUUUCGAAGAUGAUUGUGGCAGUGCGCCGUGGGCCCGCUCGCUCUUCAUUGCGUGGAACAUCAUCAGCAUGUAUCUCUUUGUCUCGCUGUUUACGUCCUUGAUCUUUGAGAGCUUCUCAUAUGUGUACCAGAAGAGCAGUGGGCUGUACGCGAUCAGUCGGGAGGAUGUGCGCCGCUUCAAGCAUGCGUGGGCUACAUAUGAUCCGGAUGGAACGGGAUUUAUUACCAAAGAGCAGUUCCCGCGGCUGUUGGGAGAGUUGUCGGGGGUGUUCUCGAUGCGGAUCUAUGACGGCGAGUUUACGAUUGGACAGAUCAUGGAAGAGUGUCGAGUGGACAAGCGAGACUCGCUUAUGGCGCAUCGGAGAGUGGUCGACGGGCUGGACCUGGAUAAAAUGACCAAAAUCCUUCGACGCAUCCCAGUCGACACUGUGCGCACGCGCCGGCAACGGCUGAAUGCGUUCUACGAAGAGGUCCUCGUCUCGGCGGACCCGGUGCGUGGCAUAUCGUUUCAUUCGUGCCUCAUGAUCCUGGCGCAUUACAACGUGAUCAGCGAUAGCAAGAGCCUGAGGCUCGAAGAGUUCUUGCGAAGACGGGCGCGACUGCAGCGAGUUGAGGAAACCAUUCGCCGCCAAACGGUGAUCGGCUUCUUCGACACGCUGUACUGGUCUCGCGAAUUCCGGCGACGGGUCGAGCACAAGAAAUCGGCCCGGAUGAGCGGCGUUCCCCAGUUCUCGGUUCCCGAGAUCUUUGUGGACGAUGGAUCUCACGAUGAGCCCUCGACUACAGAAGAGGCUCCUGAAAGCACACGCGACCCGCUGACCGGGGCAGACCUGUCGCAGCCGAUGCUGUCCCCGACGUCGCCCACAGGGAGAGCAGCACGGCCGUAUCAGCUUCCGCCCAUCGACACGAGUCCACUGGGCCGCAUAUCUGUGUUGAACUCGCCCUCGACGGAAUGGUCGAGCAUCAGUCCAUCCCUGUCGCCCCUUCGGGAGCGGGCCAACACGACGUCGUCCUACGGCAGCGGACCGGACUUGCACGAUGAACUGCAGGCAGCCAGCGCAGCGCAUUCGCGAGAGAACAGCACGAUGAACGUCAACGAUGUGAUGCAGUCGCUGGGCGAAUCGGCGUGGGGCGAGAGUAUCCGGCGCAGCUUUACGCAGCGACGUCGAUCGGGGGAGUAG